UUUUGGGGUGACAUUGCUAAAGAGUUUUACUGGAAGAGGCAGCAGACGGGGCCCUUUCUGAAGUAUAACUUCGAUGUGACAAAGGGGAAGAUCUUCGUUGAGUGGAUGAAAGGGGCGACCACCAACAUCUGCUACAACCUCCUGGACAGAAAUGUCAAUGAGAAGAAACUCGGGGACAAAAUUGCUUUUUACUGGGAAGGGAAUGAACCUGGGGAUUCUGCGAAAAUCACAUACAGUGAGUUGCUGCACAAAGUCUGUCAGUUCGCCAACGUCCUCCGCAGCCAAGGUGUGAAAAAAGGAGACCGGGUUUCCAUCUACAUGCCGAUGAUCCUGGAGCUGGUUGUAGCCAUGCUUGCCUGUGCCAGGAUUGGAGCUCUGCACUCCAUUGUGUUUGCAGGUUUCUCAGCAGAUUCUCUUUGCGAGAGGAUUCUUGACUGUGGUUGUUCUCUCCUUGUCACGGCAGAUGCCUUUUAUCGAGGGGACAAGCUGAUCAACUUGAAGCAGAUUGCAGAUGAAGCCCUCCAGAAAUGUAAAGACAAGGGCUCCCCUUUGAAAAAGUGCAUCGUGGUGAAGCACGUGGGGAGGGAAGAGAUGGCGGUUGAUGGGACAUGCAGCAAGUCUCCCCCUCUCAAAAGGCUGUGUCAGGAUGUACAGGAAAAAAAGACUGAAAUCUCACAAAGACUCCAUCCCAAGACCCCCUGGAACCCAGCUAUGGAUGUGUGGUGGCAUGAGCUGAUGAGCAGUGCCAGCACGGAGUGUGAGCCCGAGUGGUGCGACGCGGAGGACGAACUCUUCAUCCUCUACACAAGCGGCUCAACUGGGAAGCCCAAGGGUGUGCUGCAUACGGUGGGUGGAUACAUGCUUUAUGCUGCCACCUCAUUUAAAUAUGUGUUUGAUUACCAACCUGAGGAUGUCUACUGGUGCACAGCUGACAUUGGAUGGAUAACAGGCCAUUCCUACCUCACUUAUGGACCCUUGGCAAACGGGGCAACUAGUGUGUUAUUUGAAGGUGUCCCCACUUACCCAGACGUUGGGCGAAUGUGGAGCGUUGUUGACAAGUACAAGGUGACCAAGUUCUACACAGCACCCACAGCCAUCCGGCUGCUGAUGAAGCACGGGGAGGAGCCUGUCAAAAAGCACAGCAGGAAGUCUCUGAAGGUGCUGGGGAGCGUCGGCGAGCCCAUCAACCCUGAAGCCUGGCUGUGGUACUACCGCGUGGUGGGAGAAGAGAGGUGUCCUGUUGUGGACACGUUCUGGCAGACAGAGACAGGUGGCCACAUGCUGACACCCCUUCCUGCUGCCACCCCUAUGAAGCCAGGCUCUGCUACGUUCCCUUUCUUCGGUGUGGUUCCUGCCAUCUUGAAUGAGUCGGGGGAAGAGCUGGAAGGAGAAGCAGAAGGCUACCUGGUAUUUAAGCAGCCCUGGCCAGGAAUAAUGCGCACACUGUAUGGAAACCACCAGCAGUUUGAAACGACGUACUUCAAGAAGUUCCCUGGGUACUAUGUGACAGGCGACGGUUGCAGGAGAGAUAAAGAUGGUUAUUACUGGAUCACAGGACGAAUUGAUGACAUGUUGAAUGUUUCUGGCCACUUGCUGAGCACUGCGGAGGUGGAGUCGGCCUUGCUGGAGCAUGGUGCCGUCUCGGAGGCUGCAGUGGUCAGCCACCCGCACCCCCUGAAAGGCGAGUGCCUCUACUGCUUUGUGACCCUGAAAGAUGGCCAAGAGUUCACCAAGAACCUGACGGAUGAGCUGAAAAAACAAGUCAGAGAAAAAAUCGGACCGAUAGCAACGCCUGAUUACAUCCAGUAUGCCCCUAGCCUGCCCAAAACCCGCUCAGGAAAGAUUACCAGACGGAUAUUACGGAAGAUUGCCAAAAACGACCAAGAGGUGGGGGACAUCUCCACCUUGGCAAACCCAGGCAUCAUAAAACAUCUUUUCAACAACAGAUGUGACACAAAACAGUAGCUGUGUGACCUGUCCCUGCUGAGCAGAACUGUAGCAGCAGCAGUGUCCUGAUGAGCAGGUCCCUUGAACAACCGCUGUUUGCCCUGGGAAGGAAACCUUCAUCUCUUGGGUUGAAUGUACAAAUGUUACGAACGAGGAGGGUUGGCUCUGGAGAGGACGUGUCUCUAGUGUGUCCAUGCCUCAGAGGAGGGUGCGUGUCGUGUUCCGGAUGGGUGUCAUACCUCUAGAGGUUCAGCCUCGUGCACAGAGGGAUGACUCCUCCUCCCUUUUCAGCACCUCGUUCUUGAUUUUUAAUUUUAUUUGGGGGAGUGGGAUGCUAAUUUUAUGUAAUUGGGAGGCCCUGGCAUCUUGCACACAGUGGGAAGGAACUGUGAGGAUUGGAGAAGUGGUGCUGGAGUUACUCAGUGCAGGUGGGCAAGGGAGGUGCAGCUGCCACUGCCCACAUGCCAGCUAAGCUUGCUUGUCUUUGUGGAAUGCUGCAAGAGAACUUAAAAACACUCACAUCAUAAGUGUACAGCUGAGUUUUAGUCUUGCAUCCACUGUCCAGGCCCGUUGCUAGCAGAGGGAGUGGGGUGAGGCUCAAGGGAGCACUGUGCUUUAAACAGAGCUUUUGGAGCAAUUUAGUACCAAGAUCUUCUGCUUCUGAACUGCAUGGUGCCACCUGGUGUGUUUUCCCCAAUCUGGGUCCCUUCACUGCCCUGGACAUGAGGGACCCCACAUCUGGUCUGGAUGAAGUCGGUCUGAUGUGCUCCACAGCCUCGCUGCCACCUGCUCUGGGCUGAAGGAGGGGCUGCACAGCUGGAUGCAUCUUCUGUGUCCUGAGGCAGGAGUGGGGGCUGUUGGUGCGGAGGAGGGAGGGGAAACAAAGCUGCAGAGGCCCCUGUCCCACUGCAGGCAAGCCACAGGCUGGGUUAUAGUGCACCAUGACCACUGCUACAGCAAAGAAACCAAGGCAGGCAGGGCUAUGGUAGUCCUAGAUUAUGUUUUCUUGUCAGGAAAAAAGUGGUGGAAGAUGUUUAACAUGGCUUUAUGAUGAUGAGUGGAAAAAAACCCACAAC